CGACGUUUUAAAUUUAUCCGUUGUUGUCGUUAUAAUCAGACAAACCCCAUACUCAUCAGUAAUAAACAUUUUUUUAAGAUAAUAAGUCAAAUAAAAUGUCAGGGUAUCAAGAUGAUACUGAUGACAAAGAACAAGGAAACACUCAAUCCUCAGCUUCUGUGCUUUCAGAUAUAAGUAUAUUAAAUAUAGCUAAAGCAUUAACUGAAAAUGAUAUGAGAGUAUUUUUAUUAUUAAAUAUACCAUUAACAACAUGUAUUAAUAAUUAUGAAGAAAUGCGUACAUUCAAUCAACGUGAAGCAGCAUUUAGUCAAAAAACAUUAAUGUAUUGGAAAAAAUUACGUGAAACAGUUAAAGAUGAUAUAAAAAUAGCUGAAUUAGAAUAUGCUUUAAGACAAUCUGAUCAUAAAGAAUUAGCUGAUAUAUUAGUUGAAAGAAAUCGUAUGAAUUUAGAAAUUACACGAGAUCUAUUACAGAAAUAAAUUAUUUUAAGAAGGUUGUUUUUCUAAUGUUGAUAUAUAUAUAUAUAUAUAUAUAUAUAUAUAUAUAUAUAUCAAAUUACAACUAUGUUGGUGUACCCAUCCAUUCCAUAAUACUCAUUACCUUUUAUAUCAAUAUACAAAGGUUGGUGGAAUAUGUGUUGGUUUUGUUCUAUUUGAAGUUGAUGAUUACAUUUUGGAAUAUUGAUGUAACUUGCAUGUUAUUUGUAUAAUAAUAAACUGUUUGUACAAGUACUUUUAUAUGUUUUUAUAGUAUAUGAUUAAUAUAAAUAUUUCAAAAUAUGAAUUUUGGAUAAACUGAC